ACGGGGUGCAAAAAUGGAGGACUCGCCCGCGCAGCCAUGUGGGGCUCGAAUCCGAUGUCUCACAUAGGUCUUGGCCAUUCGAAAGUCAGCAGGCAGCGAUGGAUGCCGCUUACCAGCUGCUACCGAGGGGCUGCUUUGCAGGGCUUUUUGGACUACUUGGUGGCUCCUCAUCACAGUCCUCUGGGGGCUCCUGGCUCCUGAGAAGCUUCUGCGAUGAAGUUCUGGGCGGUGGUGCGUCCCUGGGGAGCCUUUACGCUUACCUGGACCUCACAGAGGCACUGCUCAUGCUUCGACCAGCCUGCCGGGCGAUUGCUGCUGCUGCAAAGGGGCAUCCACGGCUACGCAGCCCUUUGGUGGUGGAUGUGCAGGACAUUGAGGACCUUCUAAGCCAGAUGCCCUUCCAUUGGCCCAAAGGGGUUCUCAUCCGCCAGGUGGUGGCGGGUGCAAAUCCACCUGAAGCAGUGCUGAAAAAAGUCACUCAGCUGCUUUGUGCUGCUCAGUCUGUGUCCAAGGAAUUGGGUGCUGGGCAGCUGCAGAGAUUAGCUCUGCCGCUGGGAGUUCCCAAUCCUACCCUUCGCAUGUGGGUGAGGCUUGGCUUGUUGAGUGAGCUACGUGAGCUUCACCUGCUUGGCCGAGGAGGUCCCUCCGAUGCAGGUCUCACCUACUUGGCGCGCUGCUGCCAGAAGUUGCAACAUCUGACUUUGUUGGGCGGCAGCAGUUCUGCCGCCUCGUCCUUGCUACUACAGGCUCAGUCCAAAGGCGCCAUGAGCGAUGACUGGUGGCGAGGCUUUCGAUGCACCAGGCUAUGCAUUUUGCCGAGACUUCAGCAUGCACGGCUGAAAGGUCUUUCUGUACAAAGAGUGCCAUCCUGGUUCUGCGGCCAAUGGAGCCCAACCAUGCCUACCUGGGGCCAUGAGGUGCAUUACUACGAUCCUUUGGGUCGCUUUAUUUGCAUGCGCAACAGCAUGAUCGAGCGUGUUGGUGUGGUUCGCUCCCUCCUUCCUUCGCAAUUUGGCCCCUGGUGGGAGUUGGAUGUGACCUUCCUGGCUCGGCAGGACUCACCGAGCCAGCUGAUUUUGCUCCUUCCUGUGGGUUCUCCGGGAGAUGCUCUGGCAUCAUUGGAGGCUUGGGCAGGCUUUCAAAAGGAGCCGUCCAGUGUGGUGCGUGGCGCCAUUGUGGGCCCCAGCGACGGCGUGCGGGACCGGCCGCGGAAGUUCCCACACCCGGGGCAUGGUCACGAGUGGAGGAGAAUCAGUCGCGACUGCGUUGUGGAAGAUUUGAUGCCCUGGGGUAUCCAGGAAUGGGCGGAGGCGGCGAUCUCCAGUGGUGCAGAUGACUCGGUGAGCAUGUUCUUCGAGGGCGCUAGCAGUGAUGAUGAAGUUGAAGAAAGUUCCUGUGUGACGAAGAGUGUUGAGGAGCUUCUCGCACAGCUGGAUCGCGAUGAAGCACGGGAAUGGGAAGCACUGCGGCCCUCCACCCGAGUGGAGGUGGGAAAUGGCUCGGUCCCAAGCAUCGAGGAGAUCCUAGUGCAGUUGGACGUGGAAGAGGAGAGGGACCGCUCCCACUGAUGCCGGUGAUUUCGCCGCCGUACAGUAGCAGCGUAGCAGCGUAGCGCAGCCGUCUGCCGCGUUCAAAGGGCACGCGGAGGCGAUCGCCAUGGGAAGUCUUGGAGCCCCGGGCAGACCCGGGCGAUGGG